AUGGCAACAUCUUCUCCCUACAAAUACUUCAUUCUUUGUUCUGAUUCAAGCACACGAGACAUUUAUAACUUUGCCAUGGAACAAGUACAACCCCUCUCCAAAGAGAAAUCCCCAGUGACUCUUCUUCUCCCGGGAGAUGCGGAGGAGAAGGCGCCGCAAAUAUCGGGUCCUUUAGUACUUGAAGCGAAGCAGUCUAAUGAUGAUCACCGUGGAUCCGCACCCGUGAUAGAUCCGUUGAAAUCUCUUGAAAUAGCUCCUAGAGAAAAACCCGAAACGCCGAAACGAGAUUCCAACAAUACCCUCGCGACCCGGGCUUACAGUUGCAAGUACUGCACGGCGAAGUUUGGCACAUUUCAGUCGUUGGGGGGCCAUCAGAAAGCUCACAAGCGCGAGCAUGCUGCAAGAAAGCGGGCUGCAGAAAAGGAACGGAUGGCUAAUGACCUUUCUCAGGUGAACCCUAACUUUAGCCCAUGUUAUUUUGGCAUGCAGGCAAUUCCUAUCCCGAGGCACCCCGGUGCCUUUCGGCCUCGUACCUGGCCUGCACCUACUGAUGUUUAUGGACCUAUCUACGGGGGGCCGCAGAGGCCAACAACGUUAACAAGCCCUCAAGCCUCGGCGUGGCACCGACCUGCCGUGGCGAAUCGGCUGAACGGAAUGGUGUAUCAACUGACGAACUGUAAUGGAGGCCCUAACUUUCAUACUACGGUUUCUCCUCGGAGCACAGGACCGAAACCACCCCCUGCCAAUGUUCUCGCCAAUGGUGAUUCCUUGAGCACUCAGGGACUUGAAAAUGAGGGGUUGGACUUGUCACUUCGGCUUUGA